AUGCGGGAGGAGGAGCAGGAGCGGUUCGCGGACGCCCUGGAUGAGAUGAUGCGGAACCGCAAUGGGCCGGAGACGUCCGUGUUCUUCGAGAAGGCGGGGAUCCACGGUUGGCCGGGCAGGAACGCGGACAGCCCGACGGCGCCGUGGAACAGGAGCCGCGAGUACUGCGCGCACUCCAGGGAGAGCUUCCCCAUAUGGCACCGCGCGUACCUGUGGGACUUCGAGAAGGCCCUGCAGGCUGCCCACAGGGCGGUGCAUCCGAAAUUGGGGGGACAGAUUGCGCUGCCCUAUUGGGACUGGGGCAGAGUUGUGAAUGGCCAGGUGUACCCCGACAUACUCAAGAGGCGGUUCAGGAACAUAAAGCCGGAUCUCCUGUCUCCCAGGUGGAGAACCAGGUGGCCCCAUGAGCACGUCAGGAAGCUUGCCGGUGUGAGACGUGGCGACGGCUACGAGGAGCUCAAUGAUCGCGUGGACAACCGCGACGGGCUGUGGAGUGAGCUGGAGCCCUUGGAGGUGAAGGUGGAGGAAGCGCUGGGGAAGCGGAACCACUACCAAUUUGCCCACGAGGGUUUCAGGAAUCGCAGCAGCAUUGAGCAUCCCCACAACGCCGUGCACAACUCACUGCAUUUCCCGAUGACCAGCCCAGCGGUCGCUUCUUUCCACCCCAUCUUCUGGCUGCACCACUGCAACGUGGACCGGCAGCUGUCCGAGUACAUUGGCAGGCGGGGGGCGCGGGCUGUGGAGGAAGACUUCCGGAGGAACCAGGCGGCAGGGAAUCCUCGGACGGACACCGAUCGCGAAGAAAAUCUGUACCGCGAGGCGCUGGAGCCAUUCAGGAAGGACGACGGCAGCGAUGUCCAUGUGACAGACAUGUUCAACGAGGACCUCCUGGGGUAUGUGUACGCGCCGCGGCCCAUGGGCAGCUCGCAACGCGUGCCGCGUCCGCUGCAGAUGCGGGAGCUGCCCACCACAGCGGAGUUCGUCGUCGACUUGAUGUCCAUCGGCACGCACAGCUACCAGCUGUACGUUUUCGUGGUGCCGCUGAGCGAGGCCGACACGUGGGAGCCUCCAGAGAACCCCAACGACUGGCGCGACGACCCCAAUUUCGGGGACCUGGCCGCCAUCUUCGGCGGCAAGGGGGAGUCAUGCGGCUGGUGCCGCAGGCGGCCGAAGAUCAGCGUCUACGCCGACAUCACGCAGGCCCUUGCUGGCAGGGGUCUGAGCCGCCACGACGUCCAGCUCCGCGUCAUGUGCCGCAACACAUACGGGACCGUCCUCAGGCUUGAGGACACGAACAUCGACCAGCCGCAGAUCGUGGGCCCCGUUUUCGAAAACAAGGAAGCGCGCUUGGAAAAGGGUGCGGACGCCGCGGGCGAGGUUGUUCAGCUGCAGAAAUUCUUGAACAAGUUCGGGUGGCUGAAGGGCGGGGUGGACGGCGUGUUCGGGGAUGCCACCGAGGCCGCCGUGAAGGCCUUUCAGCGGUUCACCGGCAUCGAUGGCGACGGCGUCGCUGGGCCGGCGACCAUCGCAAAGAUCUUGCAGACGCGCCACGACGACGUUGCCGACCAGGCGGAUGAGCCGGACCAGCCGACUUAUCAUAGGGGGGAGACGGUCGAGUACUGGGUCGGCGUGGCGCCCGCCAACCUGGACCAGGACACCUUGGAAAGCGAAAUUGGCGCUGCUUUCGCAGCGUGGGGAGAGGUCACGGGUGUAAUUUUCACUCGGGUGGGUACCAAGGAGGAGGCCAAAGUGAAGGUGACCUGGGGGGACAGGAGCCCGGACAACUUCUUCCUGUUUGACGGCCCUGGUGGCGCCCUGGCGCACUCCACCAGGGAGUACAUCCAGUUCGACAGGGCGGAGCACUGGCUGGGCCAGGGGGACCAGCCCGAAGCCGGUGCGUUCCACGUGUUGCCCGUGGCGCUGCACGAGGUGGGCCACGUGCUGGGGCUGACGCACAGCAGCAAUAGCGAUGACGUCAUGGCACCGUACUACGCGGGGAAGUUGGAGCUGGCGGAGGGGGACAAGCAGAGGGCCAGGGAGCUGUGGGUGGCGUGA